AUGUUUCGUUUGAAAUGGUUCAACACUCCAUUGAUCGGCAAAACGGAAAAGUUGACAGUUAACGAUCAACCAGAAGGACCAAUAAUGGAUAUGCCGGAUCUGGUGAUGAGAAAGAUUAUGGAAAAUGUGGAUUUUAUCACGAUGCUGAAACUUCGAAAAGUGUGUCACGCAUUCCGAGACUUUAUUGAUGUCAUAAAACUGGAUAAUGAGUUGACAAAAGUAAAUAUCGAUGUGACACCGUCGGCGAUAUAUGCGUUUCUCGACUUUGCUUCAAAACCUAUGGAACCUGUAAAAUUGUGUUACAUUAGAUAUGGGAACAACUGUUUGUUCAAAAUCCAAGAAGGAAAAAUGGAAGAAGCUAAACUCAUAAAAAACCAAGAUCUUGUAGAUGCAUUUUUCAACAAUUUUGGUUUUGUUUUGAGAAACCGAUCAAAACCGUUGAAAUACAUGAAAGUCGAGGAAUGGCCAUAUGGUUGGUAUAGAAAUGAUCACUACGACAUAGUUGUUAUCAACAGCCACCGAGCUUCGUCUUCAAUUUAUGAAUGCUGCACUUCGACUGCAGAUCAAUUUCACGAUCGUUUUGAUUGCAUUUUGAAAUCAAGAAAAUCUCUCACCUUGGACAUGCGAAUCCUAAAAUAUGGUACUUCAAACUUCCGGGACUAG